AUGGCUAACAAUCACGAGGCCUCUACCAACUACAAGGAAGCCUUCUCCCUCUUCGACCGCCGUGGCACCGGCCGCGUCGCGGGCGAUCUACUCGGCGACCUCCUGCGCGCCUGCGGCCAGAACCCUACUCUGGCGGAAAUUGGGGAUUUGGAGAAGUCUGUUGGUGGUGAUUUCGACUUCGAUUCUUUCCUCAAGGUCUUGAACCGUCCCGGUGGUUUCAGGGAGCCCGGUGAACCGGAGGAAUAUUGUCGCGGAUUCCAGGUCUUUGAUAAGGAUAUGACUGGCUUUAUUGGUGUCGGGCAGUUGCGUUAUAUCCUCACGAAUCUCGGCGAGAAGAUGUCCGAUGAUGAGGUUGAUGAGUUGCUCAAGGCUGUUGAUACUAGCUCUGGCGAGAUUAACUACACUGAUCUCGUUCGCACUAUCCUCGCCAACUGA